AUGGAUGAAAUUCUCGCCAAAGCCGGGAGUCAGGCUGUCACAUUUGCUAUAAGGUCUGGCAUCUCUAUUGCAUCCAGCUAUGCCAUAAAAACCGUCGCGACUUUCGUUACGAAGAUACCCGAAGCCGAUGCCUCAAGACUCCGAAGACUUCGACAAAAAUUAGAAACUCGGAUUGAAAUCAUUUCCUUUGCUAUCGAUUUGAUCAAGCUAGUGGCAGCAAAGGGAAAUACCAAUCUGGGUAGCACGCUGAGACUAACCAGAGACUUGAAGGAGGAGAUCGACCAGUUCGAUUCAAAGAUUACCAACAUCACGAACAAUUAUCAUGCAAAGAAGAACGAAAGAGACUCUAUAUCAGCAGUCGAGAAAUACAUAUUGGAUUUGCUUGCGAGAAUAGAGGAAGUCAUCCCGCUAAUAAACUUAUCGCUUACCACUUCAGGCGCCAAACUAAGCACAGCACUUCCGCAAUAUGUGUCACCAGGACGGCUUCUGCAAGCCUCAAACCAUAUCAACAGAAAUAACGAAACUUUCGCUGAAGGCGUUGAUCAGAGCUUCCAAGUAGGUCCGACGUUUGAACUCACCAUGUUUUCUAUUUUUCACAAUUUGGCGUCGGUAGAUGCUAAGACGCGCGUAACGUGGAAGGAAGACAUGAGAAAAGCACUGCUCAGCAUUUGGAGAAGGAGCUCUUCUGAAAGAAAAUAUGAUUACUACAUCAGAUUAGAAGAAAGCUUCAACGAUGGCUUGUAUCAUGACGCAGAGGAAGAAACGGCUAAAAAGAUGCAACUGGAUAUUUGGCAAAUUGUUAAACUAUAUUUUACUGCAUCUGGAAAGCUUUUGAAAUUAGAGGAAAGGAACUCGCCCGUUCUCGUGUUGAAAGUGGAUAAAAACUUAAAAAGUCCUUUCGUCGACGACCGCGGUACUUCUACUGAAGAUAUUGAAUGGCUCGCGUUUGGAGAAUUUGAUGCGCAAUCUAGUUCUGAUGAUUCAGACUCCUCAGACUCGGAGCAGGAAGAGGCUGGCGAGGUAGACCAGAAAACCAUAAAUGAUAGUGACAACGAGACAAGCGACUCCAUAGCUCUAUUGGAAUACAUCAUCAGAUUGGCAUCUCUACAGUGCAACGAUCAACAAAGCAUAUUACAAGUGCAUGAUGAGCGGCUCUCUAUGUACCUCAAUGAUGAAAACCCUAACUCAAUCAAAACUAAGAAGUACAAUGUUGACGAAGUUACUGACAAGUUGGAAAAAGUUGAAAUAAAUGAAACUCAUUCAAGCGCGUAA